AUGUCUUUUCACGAGCGCAAGUCCAAGAAGCGGAAAACCGGCCACAAUGGCCAGGACACAACGUCCUUCAAGCCUUCCGCAACCUUCAACCCAACGGAUGGCGGCCGACCAUGGACAGUAUCCGUCGCAAUUCCUAGUAGCGUCCUUACAAAUCUCGCUACUGCCGACCAGCGAAUGACCCAGCCAGGUCGAAUUGCUCGUGCCCUCGCCGUCUUCUCCGUCGAUGAAGUCGUCGUCUUUGACGAUUCUCCCCUCUCUGCCCGACCUCGUCACACGGACCCGAACGGUUACACUGGAGAUACCGACCCAUGCCACUUCCUCACCCAUAUUUUGUCUUUCCUAGAGGCACCGCCCUUUAUGCGAAAGACUCUCUUCCCUCUUCACCCCAACCUGCGUCUCACCGCGCUGCUGCCCAGUCUCGACAUGCCGCAUCAUCCCCAUCCUAAGGAGUGGAUUUCCUAUCGCGAGGGUGUCACGAUUGCUGGUCAGACAAGCACGGGUUCUGGAACUCUUGUUGAAGUGGGGUUGGAUCAGCCAGUUGAGAUUCAGGAAGAAAUUCCCCCAAAGACCAGGAUAACACUCAAGUUCCCCGACGACGAGACCCAAUACCCUGAGCCAGUUCAUCCCGCCGCUCCAAGAACCGAGGGCGGCUAUUACUGGGGUUAUACCGUUCGAAAGGCCAACUCUCUGUCCGGCGUCUUCACCGAGAGCCCGUAUGAGAAUGGCUAUGACAUCAGCAUUGGCACUUCGGAACGUGGAGUCCCAGCCUCCAAGGCGUUCCCUCAUGGCAAACGAGUCAACUUCAACCAUCUGCUCAUUGUAUUCGGUGGCCCGCGUGGUCUCGAGUUUGCAUCUAUGAAUGACGAGGAACUAAGCAGCAUGGACAUCCAAGGCUCCAAGACAAAGGAGCUGUUUGAUCACUGGAUCAACGUUUUGCCCAACCAGGGCAGCAGGACCAUCAGAACAGAUGAGGCUGUCUUCAUUGCAUUGACUGCUUUGCGGGGAAUUUGGGAUUCUAGUUAA